AUGUCUGCGCCAGAAUCCUCCAAAGAUAUGGCCAACGCCGAUGCAACAUCGUGUGUGGAUACGAGUCGUUGGUGGAAAUUUCCCAACCUGCGUACUCUCAAUCUACUCAUGAUCAUUCCGCUACUGUCGAUCUUUUCGCAAGGUUUCGAUGGAAGCAUGAUGAAUGGUCUCCAGUCAGUGACCCAUUGGCAGACUUACUUCGGGUCCCCAACUGGUGCUCUUCUCGGCUUCUUCAAUGCUGCCUACCCACUCGGUGGCAUCCUUGGCUCUUUUGCCAUUUCGCCUGUGGCUGAUACCUAUGGAAGGCGAUGGGGAAUUGCCCUUGGAGCAGCGCUCUGCUGUGUCGGUGCUGCACUCCAAGGCGCCUCCAUUAACAUUGCCAUGUUCAUCAUCUCACGAGUUAUCAUUGGGUCAGGAAGUGUUGUUGUUGCUGGAGUGGGCGCUCCCUACAUUACUGAGAUAGCCCAUCCCAACCAGCGAAGCACGGCGACUGCUCUGUUCCUGACAUUCUACUCUAUUGGUUCCAUUAUUGCAGGUUGGUGCACCUUUGGUACCUUCCGCAUCGACAACACAGCAUCAUGGCGUAUUCCAUCGGCUCUACAGGGUCUCCCCUCGAUCAUUCAACUCCUCUUUGUCUGGUUUGUGCCCGAAUCUCCUCGAUGGCUUAUCAGCAAAGGCCGUAACCAAGAGGCCUUGGAAAUGCUUGCGAAAUAUCAUGGAGAAGGAGACGAAUUAGAUCCCGUGGUUCAGUUCGAAUACACAGAGAUUCUACAAACCUUGAGUGCCGAGGCGUCGGACCACAACAACAUUUUUUCCUUCCUCAGAGAUCUUGGCAGUACCGCUGGUAACCGCAAACGCAUGUUCAUCAUGAUCUGGGCCGCCAUUUGCUCUCAGAUGUCAGGCAAUGCCUUUGUCUCGUACUACCUAUCUCCUAUUCUGCACUCGGUGGGUCUCAAGUCGGACCUCCAGCAAACUCUUAUCAAUGCCACCAACCAGAUGCUAUCUUGGUUCUCGGCUAUCUACUUCGCUACUUUGCCCGCCAAGGUCGGUCGUCGCAAGCUCUUUUUAUGGUCUCUGGCCGCUAUCUGGGUCAUUGACAUUUGCAUUACCGCAGGAAGUGCCGUCUUCGCCAAAGACAAUACCAACAAGGCUGCUGCUUACACUGUGGUGGCAUUUCUCUACCUCUUCUCCCCAGCCUACAACCUCGGCUUCAACGGUAAUUUGGGCCUUUACAUCCCCGAGAUCCUUCCCUAUCGUAUGAGAACCAAGGGCUUGUCUUUCUUCUAUUUCGUCCAGUUUUGCUUCAUGAUGCUUUCAACUUUCACUGUGCCCAUCGGUCUUGAAGACAUCACUUGGCGCUUUUAUGUCGUUUUUGUCGUUUGGGUUAUGGUUGAGUUCGCUGGUGUCUGGUUUGUCUUUCCAGAGACAAAGGGUCCGUCGCUGGAGGAUAUUGCGUAUAUCUUUGAUGGACCUGAUGGAGUUGUUAGGCAUACUUCUGAGAUUAGGAUUGAGGACAAGGCGUAG